AUGGACACAGCCCAACCGAUUAAUCGACACUCUCACACCCUCGAGACCAUGUCUGGUCCUCCUGACGCCGGCUCUAACGCCAACGUGAACAGCGCUACCGGCAACAACAACUCGCGCCCCAGACACAGACGUGGUCGUGGCAACCGCCCCCUUCGACAUAACCAACAAGCCCAAGCAGAGUCAUCCCAGAUUCCGGAUGCCCAACAGCAAGCAUCACAACCGCCUCCGGGUCCGAGAGGUGGGGGUAGAGGGGCAAGUCGAGGUGGACCCCGUUCGGAUGGUGGUGGUGGUGGUGGUGGUCGACGACGACAUGGAAGGGGAGGUGUUGAUGUGGGACAAGGGCCUAGACGUGCUGGAAUUGGUGGACGGACGUUUGAGGGACGGUUGACGAGACCUGAGGGGGAUGCGGAGGAUGUGGAGGAUGCGAAUGAGAGAUUGAGAGCUGAUGCACCUACCUUUGUGCCUGGGGUGCCGACGAAUGGUGAAAGACCGUCAACCUCGAGAGAUCACGAAUCGAAAGGGAAAUCGAAAGCGAAGAGUAGUAACCCUCAGCCGCCUCGACCGAAGGUCACUACGAAAUCUGUUGCCCCUGAUAUCGCCACUCGAAUUCACGAAGAUAUACUUCACAACCUCUACGAGUGUCCGAUCUGUACCAGUGAACUGGGCCGAAGAUCGCGUGUUUGGUCGUGUGGACUUUGCUGGACGGUUUUCCAUUUGAGUUGCGUUAAGAAGUGGUCGAAGAAUGAAGGCUCAGCGGCACAAGAUGCUAUGCGUCGACAACAAGAGGAGUCUACCGGGGAGACCAGCACACCUCGCGCUUGGCGCUGUCCCGGUUGCAACCUUGCUCAAGAGGUGUUCCCUUCAUCUUACUCGUGUUGGUGUGAGAAAGAAGUCGACCCGCGUUCACUACCCGGUUUACCUCCGCAUUCAUGUGGGCAGACCUGUUCGCGCGCUCGUAAAGGAUGUCCACACCCUUGCGAUUCGAUUUGCCACGCCGGUCCCUGUGCCCCAUGUACGGCUAUGGGUCCCACGCAAGAUUGUUUCUGUGGAAGGAACUCGUCUACGAAACGUUGCCAGGAUACCGAUUACGAAAAAGGGUGGAGCUGUAGUGAGGUUUGCGGCGAUCUACUGCCCUGCGGAGGGCAUACUUGUUCAAAACCGUGCCACGAGGGUCUUUGCGGUGCUUGCGAUGUCAAGGUGGAGGCACGUUGCUAUUGUGGAGAUGUGCAGACCGAGAUGCUGUGCAGUGCUAGAGAUGAAGAAAUGGAGAGUGAAAAGCUACAUGACGAUUCUGGUGAAAUUGAAAAUUGGGAAGGCUGUUUCAGUUGCGGAGAACUCUGCAACCGUCCUUUUGACUGCGGUAUUCACUUCUGCCAGAAAAGCUGUCAUCCGCAAGAUUCGCAACCCGCACAUUGCCCAAUGUCACCCGACGUCGUGCUUGACUGUCCUUGUGGAAAGACACCGUUGACAAAUAUAUCUGGAUAUUCCUCGCGAACGACAUGCGAGGACCCCAUUCCCCAUUGUCGUGAAGCGUGUGGUAAACCACUGCCGUGUGGACAUCCAUGUGAAAAGCUCUGUCACACCGGCCCAUGUGGUGCUUGUAUGCUCCGGGUUCCAAUCUCGUGUCGCUGUGGUCGUAAUACCAUGGUGACGGUUUGCCACCAAGGCACUAUCGAGAAACCGCAGUGUUUCCGCCAAUGCAAAGCAGGCUUGCACUGUGGUCGACACUCGUGUGCUGAGCGGUGCUGCCCUGGAGAGCAGAAGGCCCUUGAACGACAGGCUAUGCGACGGAAGCUGAGGUCGCACCUUCGUCCGAGCGACGAAGAUGUGGAGGCGGAACAUAUCUGUACACGAGUGUGUGGUCGGACGCUGAAAUGCGGAAGACACACGUGUCCGGAGAUCUGCCACAAGGGGCCGUGCAACACCUGCAGGGAGGCGAUUUUCGAAGAGAUCCCGUGUAACUGCGGGCGAUCUAUCCUGCACCCGCCGUUGCCCUGUGGGACACAACCGCCAUCAUGUUCGUUCCCGUGCGAACGGUCGAAACCUUGCGGUCAUCCCCAGACGCAACAUAACUGUCACACAGACGACGAGAACUGCCCUAAGUGUCCAUUCUUGACUGAGAAGAUGUGUCUAUGCGGCAAGCGGACGAUGAAGAAUCAGCCUUGCUGGUUGGUGGAUGUUCGAUGCGGCCAGAUUUGCAACGAGCCGCUCAAGUGCGGCUCGCACUCGUGCAAAAAGAACUGCCAUCGACCUGAUAAUUGCGAAGAUUCAGCCCAACCUUGUCAGCAGGCAUGUGGGAAGCGCAAGACGCUGUGUGGUCAUCCAUGCACAGACGCUUGCCAUGCUCCUUUUGCUUGUCCUGAGAAGACGCCCUGCUCGGCUACGGUCACGGUAACAUGUGGCUGUGGUCGACUCCGUCAGGAGCGGCGUUGCAAUGCAGCCAAGGCAGUGGCUUCUAAGGGACAGGUUCAGCAACCACAGCGACUGCCUGUGUUGACACCUUUGACUUGCGACGAGGAAUGUUCACGUCUGGAGCGGAAUCGGUCUCUAGCGUCCGCGCUAGGAGUCGAAAUCAACCAGUCUACCACCCUUGCCCAAAAUGCUCUUCCGUACUCUUCCGAAACUCUCGACAUGUACAUCCAACUUUCCUCUUCAGCGCCGCUAGCUACCCUCCAGACCUACGAGUCUACUCUACACUCUCUAGCAGCAUCGAUCAGCCCCACAAACCGUUCUGUCCGCUUCCAGCCCGCCAAGCCUUCUCUUAGGGCAUUCACCCACUCCCUCGCAACGGACUGGGGCUUUGCGACAGAGAGCUUUGACCCAGAGCCGCACAGGCACGUUUUUGUUCUGAAACCGGCGUCGUGGAAUCCGCCGAUCUUCGGACUCGGUAAUGGAUCAGUUAUCGGUAUUGGCGGUAUGAGCGUUGGCGAAUGUGUCAAGCUCCGCGAACGACAGCGACUAAAAGAGCGCGAGGCACAGCGUGUCGCAGCUGCAGAGGCGAAGGCAUCGCGCGAAGCUGUCAAGGCACAAGCGCAAGGCAGCGUGGAUGGCGGUGGUUGGGCGCAGGUUGCUGCUUCAAGGAAGAGCAACGCCGGUGGUUCGCCAUCUACCCUGACUCCGAAGACGACGUUUUCGUCGGGAUCAUAUGCUGCGCUUGCGGGUGGUGAUUUUACUGGUGCUGGAGCGGGUGCGAAGAAGGAACGACUCGUUUUGCGCUCUAGUGUUGGUACUGGGAAGCAGUUGAGUAAGGUUCAAGAACCUGUUGCAGAUAGCUGGGAGGAAGAGGAGGAGAAGGAGGAGGAGCAGGAGAGGAAACUCGAGGACGUGGAUGAACCAGAAGUUGAUGCAAAGGAACAGGAGGGGAAACUCGAAGGUCCAGGAGCUGACGGGGGGCAUAUUAAUGACAGUCACACGCAAGAAGCACGAGUUUAUGUUGAAGAGCACAAAGGUGAUGAUGCUGCGGUUGGAGCUGCGGCUUCAGGAAGCUGA